UGUUCUGUCUGGGAGGAGGGCUGCUGUCACUCUGGCAGGACUGCAGCCUUAUUUAUUACACACCCAAAGUAUAAAACCACCCAACAGGCUGCAGCUCUCAUCUCCAGACCUGGCAUUUGCCUGAGGCGACCAAGGCACCUACAGCCCCCAUCAGCUUCCCAGGGAAGAGUCUGUGGCUCUGUUGGGAGCCAUGCUCAGGAGGCAGAUCGUCUGGUGGCACCUGCUGGCUUUGCUUUUCCUCCCAUUUUGCCUGUGUCAAGAUGAAUACAUGGAGGUGAGCAGAAGAGCUAACAAAGCGGUGGCCAGGAUAGUGCAGAGCCACCAGCAGACUGGCCAUAGCGGCUCCAGGAGGGAGAGAGUGAGAGAGCGGAGCCAUGCUAAAACUGGGACUGUGGAUAAUAACACUUCUACAGACCUAAAACCCCUGAGACCAGAUGAGCUUCCACACCCUGAGGUAGAGGACCUAGCCCAGAUCAACCCAUUCUGGGGCCAGUCUCCACAAACCGGAGGACUGCCCCCAGACUGCAGCAAGUGUUGUCAUGGAGAUUAUGGAUUCCGUGGUUACCAAGGGCCCCCUGGGCCUCCAGGCCCUCCUGGCAUUCCAGGAAACCAUGGAAACAAUGGAAAUAAUGGAGCCACUGGCCAUGAAGGGGCCAAAGGUGAGAAAGGAGACAAAGGUGACCUGGGACCUCGAGGGGAGCGGGGGCAGCAUGGCCCCAAAGGAGAGAAGGGCUAUCCAGGGGUGCCACCAGAACUGCAGAUUGCAUUCAUGGCUUCUCUAGCAACACACUUCAGCAAUCAGAACAGUGGCAUCAUCUUCAGCAGUGUUGAGACCAACAUCGGAAACUUCUUUGAUGUCAUGACUGGUAGAUUUGGGGCCCCUGUAUCAGGUGUGUAUUUCUUCACCUUCAGCAUGAUGAAGCAUGAAGAUGUAGAGGAGGUGUAUGUGUACCUUAUGCACAACGGCAACACCGUCUUCAGCAUGUACAGCUAUGAAACAAAGGGGAAAUCAGAUACAUCCAGCAACCAUGCAGUGCUCAAGUUGGCCAAAGGGGAUGAAGUCUGGCUCAGAAUGGGCAAUGGUGCCCUCCAUGGGGACCACCAGCGCUUCUCCACCUUUGCAGGCUUCCUGCUCUUUGAAACUAAGUGACAGGAAGGAUAGGAUAGCUCCACAUGGGGGGGGGGGAGACUUGUAGCUGAGCUAUGCUUGUUAUGAUUGGAGUGAUGUUGAAUUGGGGGUUCUAUAUGGA